AUUUUAAACUCCGUUGAUUCUCAAUUCUCUUUGCUUAAAUUUCUACAUAUUUUAAUGAGCAAAGAAGUUGCAUAGAUCAACCAUCGAUCUAUAUAAAAAGGGAAGUUCUCAAGUGUAUAAGGUACAAGAGAGGAGAAACUUCCAUAUAUCCAAACAAGUCAUAAUCUAGCUAUAGCAAUUGUAAAUGGCAAAAUCAUCCUCCUCCUCCUCUACCAAACCUAAACAAACACACGAGGUAUUCCUUAGCUUCAGAGGCGAGGAUACUCGUAAAACAUUCACAAGCCAUCUCAAUAGUGCAUUAAGAAGGUUAGAUAUCAAGAGUUACAUAGAUGACAAUUUAGAAAGAAGGGAUGAAAUAUCACAAGCGCUUCUCAAGGCGAUCGAUGAAGCAAAACUUUCUGUAAUUGUUUUUUCGAAAAACUAUGCAACUUCAAAAUGCUGUUUGGAUGAAGUUGUGAAGAUACUCGAGUGUAGAAAAAACAAAGCGCAAAUUAUACUUCCAGUUUUUUAUGAAGUUGAUCCUUUCCAUGUUCGACACCAAUUAGGAAGUUAUGCCGAGGCAUUUGUUAAGCAUGAGCAGCGUUUUGCAAGUACAAUGAAUAUUGUGCAAAAAUGGAGGGAUGCUUUGGGAGAAGCAGCCAACCAUUCAGGGUGGGAUUGCUCCAUCAACAGAACAGAAGCUGAACUUGUUGAGGAAAUUGCGAUGGAUGUGCUGCAAAAGUUGAAUAGUGUUUAUGUUGGUGACUUGGAUCAUCAAAUUAUUAAAUUAGAGAAACUUGCACAACUUCAGCUUCAAUAUUAUAAAAGCAUAGAUACUUACGAAAAUCAAGUAAGUCAUGAGGCAACGGUUCAACGCAUAACAGAACUUAAGAUGAAGAGAAGCGUCCGCAUGCUUCGUUUGACACGUGAGAUGCUUUCAUACAUGGAAGAUUCAGAAGCUUAUGAAAAACUAUUUUAGUUGCAUUAUAAAUGUGGUUCUUCUUUUACAUAUUGAUCAAUGUAUGUGUUAAAAAACUUUUUUUGUUUUAUUGAAAGAAUGUGUUACAAAACUUUGAUCAGCACAAAGUUAAGAGCACAAUGUGUCUAACUGUGAGUUUAGUAAAACUAAGGUAAUUCAGAACUGUCUGAGAACAAAUUCAGUGUCAAUGAAAGAUUCUCAACAUAGAGUUUAGAAAGAAAUUCAUGUUCUCAAUCUAUCAAACUACAAGUACCAAAGUUACCCGCAUCGUGAAGACAAUGUUUACAACAAUUCUGAGACAUGUUGGUGCUUGUAGAAAGAAAAUAUACUGCACAACGACAAUGGAGGUGCUAAGUAUAGCUCUCCAUUUUGUAAGGUCAAAUUGACACAGACACGAACACCUGACACGAUACUACAUGUUGACAUUGGUAAUAAUUUGAGAAAAUGAAUUAAUUGAAUGUGAUCACCAAUGUCAAUAUUGUUUCAGUGUUGCA